UCCUUUGCGUCUACGUCUAUUGUGUUUUAUUGUGUACAACAGUAAUAGUCGAAAAUAAAUCUAUUAAUGUAGAGAAAUUUGUAGUAAAUCUGUGUGUGUUGCAGUUAUUAGAAAACCUUCAAUAUAUCGCUCCUAAGGGAACUACUCCGGAGGCUCAUGGAGGAAAACGUGGCGGAGAGCGAGCAGCAGGAGCUGGAGCCGGAGCCGGAGGAGAUGGCGCUGGUGGGGGUGGAGGAGGGCGACGCGGGGCUGGCGGUGAUGGCGGUGGACGGCGGCGAGGCGGGCGCCGCGGCGGGGGCCGACGCGGGGGGCGACGACGAGGAAGAGCAGGAGUUCGACAUCACCCUGGCCGCUACACACUCGUACAUGGGUGGGUACCUGGAGCAGAUGGGCGGGCGGCGCACGCUGGAGGCGGGCUGGCGGGGGCUGGUGGCGGGCAUGGCGCACCACAGCACCGUGUUCCCCGGGGAGACCGUGCCCCGGCUGCUGGCGCCCGAGCCGCUGCGCGACGUCAUCCUGCACGAGAGGAUGUUCUGUCUGCUGUGCCCUGACGAGGCGGGCAUGGACGUGUCGGGCAUGGGCGUGCUGUGCGAGGUGCUGACCGGCGCCACCGACGGCAGCGUGGUGGCGCGCGCCGCGCACCGCGUGCGCAUGCGCCAGCCCCACUACCGCAACGGGUUCGCCUUCCGCAAUAUGCAGAUGAUCGAAGUGGAGGUCCUGCCAGAGCUGGCGCCGGGCGACCCCAUGCUGCCCUCCCGGCUGCCCUCGCUGAACCCGCUGCGGCGCGUGCAGGACUCCAGUUUGCAAGCGGUGAUCCGGCGCAUGGACGCCGCGCCGACGCCGGUGCCGGCGUUCGUGUGGCGCAUGUUCGACUACCGGCGCCUGCGCGCGCGCCUCACCGAACACUUCGCUACCCUGGACCUCGCCGACAAGAUGCCGCACGACCCGGUGUCGCUGUCGUUCUGGGUGGCGUCCAACCUGACGCUGUCGGCGCGCGACCGCAACGCGCUGUUCGAGGUCGACAACGCGCUGUUCCGGCUCAAACUCGCGCUGCGCUUCAUAGACAAGUCGAAGGCGCUGUGCUGCGGCUCGUGCGGCGCGGAGCUGUCGCGGCGCUCGCACAUGUUCGCCAUGUCCAGCGACGGCGUGCACGCCAACUACACUAAUUUUGGCGGCUUUAUGCACGACGUGGUGACGGUGCGGACGGCGACGGAGACGCUGCUGGGGCCCCCCAGCGCCGAGUACUCGUGGUUCCCGGGCUACACGUGGCGCGUGGCGCAGUGCAGCGCGUGCGGCACGCACGUGGGCUGGCGGUUCGACGCGAUGAAGCGCAAGCUCCGGCCAGCGCAGUUCUUCGCUCUCUGCCGCAACUUGGUGAUGCCGCGCGCCGAGCGGGAGCUCUCCGACGACGACACCGACGCCGUCUGAACGCCGACGCCGACGCCGACAGCACUGAACGCCGACGCCACGCCGUGCCGCCCACCACUGAACGAUCCCUUCGCAAGACGUAGUUCCUACUGUUGUACCCCAACGUGGUGACAAGGAUACUCCGACAGGACAGAUGCGCCACCAACACUUCUCCUAUAGCCGCAGUUCCUCUCUGUCGCGCCGUGGUGGCGAGAGUACUCCCACCACGAGACCGACUACGUUUGGCUCUGCACCGACCCGCACCAAAACUACCAAAAGAGAUAACUAACGAGGGGUGUGCUCUUCCUCGUAUAGUAGAGUUGUGCCUGCUCGUUCACUGAAAAGAUCGCUCCCAACUAGUACGAUCUCCGAAGUGUACUAGUUCGUUCUUUUAGGACAUUUAGUACAGUAGUACACCGAGAGAGCGAGAGACAAAUUGUGCAUAUGUCACUCCUCGGCUCUUCGCUCCUUUCGCUCCCAUUCUGUUGCGUGUGUGAGUGUACUAAAUGUACUAGAGAGCAGAAUCAUUUGGUAGUAGUUCAGUCUAGUACAUUGCAGGGAAUCGUGUCUUUUGUACUAUUAGUACAUGUCCUACACAAGCCUAUAGUAAAGUGACAUCGUAUGAGUAUGACUCAUCCUCAUAUAGCAGAACAAUCUACAAUCCUUUCUGCAUAUUAAAGCGAUUAUCGUUAAAAAUGUAAGGCCGAACAUAAUAAAAUUAGACUUAUAUUGACCGGGAUAUAGACCGUGAUUACCUUUUUGAUUUUUGUCGAGCUCCCGAUAUUUCGACGCAGUUGCAUGCAUCCUGAUCACGGAAAACUGACGAAGGCGGGUGGAUG